AUGCGCGGGGCCCUCCUCCUUUCCCUCGCCGGGCUCAGCCUCGCCCUCCCUACUAACAUCCCUGGGAAGAAUGCUGUCCCGGGCCACCCCCUCCACAACGCCAACCGUCUCGCCGUCCCCGACAACCUGAACGACGAAAUCGCCAACCCCAUCGCCAAGCCGGUCGUCCCCAUCAAUGCUGUCAACAACGCGGCCAACGCAGCGGGUCGUGGACGCCGGGCUGAGGGUCAACCCCUUGCCGGCGUUGCCCCAACCGUGGAUGAUGCCACGCACGUGGCAAACAAUGCUGGGGAUGCUGUGAAUGCUGCGAAUACCUUGCUUGGCAAGCGUGGCGGUGCCAUUCAAGUUCCCGGCCAGGGCGACCGAGAUGAAAUUCCCAACUCCGUCGGUAAGCCAGUUGUCCCCGGCACCAAGGCCGUCCACGCUGUCGACCUCGACGAUCCCACCAACCCGUUCAACGUCCCCGGCAACGCCGCGAGUGACGCGGUGGGCAAGCGUGGGGAUACCGCCGAUGGCAACGCUGCCGGCUCGGCGGCGGGUGAUGCCGCGGGCAAAGCUGUUGAUGGCGCCACGGGGGCAGCUGCCGGUGCGGCGGAGGGUAAUGCGGCGGGUGGUGUCGGCGGUGUCACAGGUGCCGUGCCUCAUAAGCGAGGGGAUAUCGCCCAAGGCGCCGCUGCUGGAUCGGCUGCUGGCAGUGCUGCGGGCAAGGUCGGCGAUGUUCUCGGUCGGGUGGGAAAGCGUAGCGAUAUCGCCCAGGGGGCCGCUGCUGGGACGGCUGCGGGCGGUGCUGCUGGCAAGGUCGGCAAUGUUGCGGGUGAUGUGCUGCAUUAG